AUGGACGGGCCCCAGAGUCAUCACAGCAACGAGCUGCUCUCUACUGUUGGCCCCGGAUCUAUGAAGUCAUCCCGCGGAGAUGUCAAACAUCAGAAAAGUUCCCCAAGACCUGGGCACUAUGACCACUGCCCUGUCAAGGUAAACAUCCAUGGUGGCCACAGUCUUCAGAACUGCUCCACGCGUUUUAAGUACGUCACAUCAAAGGUUCCCGGCCCCAGGGACAACAUUGUGUUGCCACCCUUAGAAAACACGCUCAAGGCCAGGACAGCCAGUGUUCAUACUAUGCUAGCCUCAGGCAUCUUCAGCUCCUUUGCUAAAAGUCUGCAGCUAGUUUGGCGGUCAGGUAUUCCAUCCAUUCCUUCUGUGGGCCAGGCCUAUGGCUAUGAGGAGGAUGCCCACGCUGUGCUGCGCAAGAAGCAGCCCCCUCCUAGGGACACAACCCUGGGGCCAGCCUUCUACAAUCUGCCACUGUCACAUAUGAGUUUUGCUCAGUACAAAGGAGUCCACUUUGGCAACAUGACAGAGAAGAGAGGUGAUGUGAAAGUGGAAGCAGGGCCAGGUCCCGGAGAAUAUUUCCCGGAGAUAGUCCCCAGAACAGGCUUUCAUCACAGGGAAGGGAAGGGCAGAACCGAGCUCAUCGUCCCUCGUUACCACUAACUGCUGCCCAGGCAAGAGGAAAAGAAAGGAGUUCCUGGUCCAGCUCACUAUCACAUCAGGGGUCAAUUUGAAAAGUCUGACCAAUUCAGAGGCAAUUUCCUAAAGUGCACCGGUCCCUUCCUCUCACAGACUGAGAGGUUUGGUCCUGUGAAAGAAGUGUCGCCCCCUGUUGGUACAUAUAAUGACCCGCGCUGUGCUCUGGAGUCGCUGAAGAGAACCGCAGGAGUGAAGAAAAACCCAUUUGGCACUGCUGCAGUGCAUUUCACUUUCAGGCACAAUGAAGACUCCACACCAGGUCCAGGGUCCUACAACAUGUUCGAGCAUGGUAUGGCCUACGAAAACUUUAAUAAAGCACUCCUAGAGAAAUCCAGGAAGGGUGGCUUUGUAAAUGGUCGCCAUUACUUAGAACCACGAAGUGAAGAAGCAAGGAAACGACAAAGCUGCUUCCUCUCUGCUGCGCCGCGAGGUGAUAGCUUACUGCAAAGAGAUCAAAACAUACCAGGGCCGGCCCAGUACAACCCCAGUUGGAAAUCCUCCCCAAACAUGAGUGUGAUGUGCUCCAGAGAAGAUCGAUUCAAAAGCUUCAAGAACGCCAACCCUGGACCCAGCACUUAUCAGUUGAGUUCAGGUAUUAUGAAUACUUUACUGAAGGACACAUUCAAUGAAAGGCAUGUCCCCACUGAUGCCCCCCGUUCGCCCCUGGGCCUUUAA